AUGCAGAAGCAAUGGGAAGUGAAUGCAAAUUUACUGAAAUAUUAUGCAGAUCACAUUCCAUCACAAAACUUGGAUGCAGACUUUGACAAAAGUGGUCGACAGUUUGGUGACAACAAACGAUUUGUCCAAAAAGAAUACUUCUACAGACACAUGGCAAAUGGUGAGAUUAUCAGACGUGACUGGUUGACCUAUUUGCCUUCAGCUGGAAAAGUGUUUUGUUAUGUGUGCAAACUAUUUUCUUAUGACGAGCAUCCCAAUCAAUUUGAAACAGGAUUAGAUGAUUGGAAGAACUCCAUUGCCAGAAUAUAUUCACAUGAGCAGUCAAAAUAUCACUUACAUGCACUCUCUAACAAGUUGCAGCAUCAGAAAGCUACUAGAACAAAUGCAGAGGUGGAAAAUGCUAAGCAAAAAACAUGUAGAUUCUGGUUUGAAGUUCUAAAAAGAAUAGUAGCUGUUGUGAAAUUCCUUCCUGAGAGAGGCUUAGCCUUUCGAGGUGACAAUGAGAUCAUUGGCAGUCCAAACUAUGGGAACUUUAUUGGGUGUAUUAAAUUAUUGGCUGAAUUUGAUCCUUUUCUUCAGGAACAUGUUGAAAAAUUUUAA